UUCAGCUUUGCGUUAUUCUUGGAAAAUUGUGCUCCAGCAGUGAAUUCAUUGAACCUCGGCAUUACCAGUCCACUUCUAUUAGGCUCAGCAAAUUUACAGCUCGCCCAGAUAAAGGCCCAGCUGGCCCUUCAGCAGCUGAAUUCGGUCGCCUCCACAACAGUAUCCAACACUGCUCUUGCAUCGUUGAACCAAGCUCUAGUGAAGAUCAGCAUGUUCAAUGCCAGAGGGGCAUUUGGCCAGAGUCAAGGCCCACCAAACCAGUUUGGGCAGAGUCAAGGCCCACCAAACCAGUUUGGGCAGAGUCAAGGCCCACCAAACCAGUUUGGGCAGAGUCAGGGCCCACCAAACCAGUUUGGGCAGAGUCAGGGCCCACCAAACCAGUUUGGGCAAAGUCAUGGCCCACCAAACCAGUUUGGGCAGAGUCAUGGCCCGCUUAACCAGUUUGGGCAAAACCAGGGCCCGCUUAACCAGUUUGGGCAGAACCAGGGCCCACCUAACCAGUUUGGCCAGAAUCAAGGACCACCAAAUCAGUUUGGCCAGAAUCAAGGACCAUCUAGCCAGUUUGGUAUGAAUACCCCAGGACCAUAUAUGGGGGGAGGAGGAGGAGGAGGAGGAGGAGGAGGAGGAGGAGGAAGAGGAAUGGGAAUGGGACCUCAAGGAUCAUCACAAGGCAACUUUGGAAUGAAUAUGGGAAUGAUGAAUCAACCUGGAAAUAAUGUAGGCUUAGGUCAGUGGUCCUCCUAUCAGAGUCCUUCAUCUGGAGGUUUUCGAUCUGGGUAUGGGAGCACCGGAACGCCUGCGUCUCAAAGUGGAGACCAGAGAUCUGCAGUUCAACGGUUUCAUGACACAAUGAAAGCUUCAAAUAUAUUGGCAAACUUUGGCCUGUCAAAUGAAGAUCUGGAAGAGCUAAGUCGUUACCCAGAUGAGAAGCUUACACCAGAAAAUAUGCCCUACAUUUUAAGAGAAAUAAGAAUGCGGAAAAUGAACAAGCAGCAGUCAUCCAGUAGUUACGAUCAACCGUACAAGCUACAAGAUAAAGACUACAGAAGAGAAGUACAGAGCAGUGUCGUAGAUUAUGGGCAUGGCCAACAGUAUGAUUACCGAGAUAGGCCCAUGGAGAGCCAGAGCAUGCAUUACAGUCGUGAAGCACUAAGAGAAGGAAACUGGAAUGAAGAUUAUAAAUGUCCCCCCCAGAAUUAUCCAAUGGAACCUUCGCGAGAUGACAGUACUCAUGGAAUCAAGCGAACAGUUCUAGUGGUGAAGAAGGGAUUACCAAAACCGAAGUUGAUGAAUGAUUACUAUGGUGUCCCUGCACUGAGGUUCCCCCACGUGUGCAGUUUGUGUAACAUAGAAUGUAGACAAAUGAGGGAUUGGGAUCGUCACAACAAAACAUCUGUCCACAAGGACAGCUGCAGGCUUUUGCUCAAAGAAUGCAUCUGUCCAGGACAGUACUGGUAGAAGUAACCACUGCAUAAUCCUUGUGAAGAUGAAGUCCCA